UACCUCAUCCCAAGACAAUAUAUCUUAUACUUCAGAUUUCAUGUAUUUUGAUGAAAAUGAUGCAGAAUUAACACCCAAAGACAGUGAGAAAGACAAAAAGAGGGAGAAGAAACACAUCAGUUUUACUUUAUGCAAAGUAUGCAACAUUCAACUGAAUUCUGCUGCUCAGGCACAAAUCCAUUAUCAUGGGAAAUCACAUCAGAAAAGAUUAAAACAGCUGAGCAAAGGAAACCUAAAAAACAGUUUUGGAGGUACAUGCCAGAGCCCUGUUCUUCCAGCCCUGGUGCGACCUUCCAUCCCCUCCUUGCCGCCAUCAUUGGAUCUCAAACCCUUUCUUCCAUUCUCACUGGACACUGCUGCAGCCGUCAAUCUCUUCCCCAACUUCAAUACAAUGGAUCCAAUUCAAAAAGCUGUAAUAAAUCAUACAUUUGGGGUUCCUCUUCCUCACAGAAGAAAGCAAAUCAUAUCAUGCAACAUAUGCCAAUUGAGAUUUAAUUCAGAUAGCCAGGCUGCGGCCCACUACAAAGGCACUAAACAUGCCAAGAAGCUCAAAGCACUGGAAGCCAUGAAAAAUAAGCAGAAAUGUGUAACUACCAAGGACAGCGCAAAGACUAUCUUCACUUCCAUCACUACCAAUACCAUCAAUACCAACUCUGACAAAACAGAUAGUACAACAGAAGCACCAGCAAUAUCAACAUCUCCAGCUAUUGAAAUUCGGAAGAACAGUGUAACAAUGACUGAAAUCACCUCAAAAAUUGAAAAAAUUCCCUCCACUGCCACCAGCAGUAGUGUGGGCUCCUUAGGAGAGACAGAAGAAGAAAAGGCCAAACGAUUGCUUUAUUGUUCACUAUGCAAAGUUGCUGUCAACUCUGCCUCCCAGCUGGAGGCACACAACAGUGGCACAAAGCACAAAACUAUGCUAGAAGCCCGUAAUGGGAGUGGAACCAUCAAAGCUUUUCCUAGGACAGGUGUCAAAGGAAAAGGACCUAUCAAUAAAGGAAAUACAGGACUUCAGAACAAAACAUUUCACUGUGAAAUUUGUGAUGUGCACGUGAACUCUGAAACACAACUUAAACAGCACAUAAGCAGUAGAAGGCACAAAGACAGAGCUGCUGGGAAACCUCCGAAACCCAAAUACAGUCCCUAUAACAAACUCCAAAAAGGAACACACCCACUUGGGGUUAAACUUGUAUUUUCAAAAGAAGUUGCAAAACCUGUAGCUCCACGGAUACUCCCCAACCCACUGGCAGCUGCAGCAGCUGCUGCUGCUGUGGCUGUAAAUUCCCCUUUCAGUCUUCGAACAGCCCCACCAGCUACUCUUUUUCAGACUUCUGCACUUCCUCCAUCACUUCUUCGACCCGCCCCUGGACCUAUACGGACGACCCACACACCUGUCCUGUUUGCUCCAUAUUGAACUCCAUCAAUGAAUUAAAUGUACUGCAAUAAUUUUUCAGAGCAAAAGCAAACAAGGACAAUGACCUAUGCAGUGUUAAUGUAUUGUGA